AUGUCCCAGCAGGACAUGGAACUGGACACUACUGACAAGUUCCAACCCUUGGCAAAAACCAGGUGCAAAAAAUGUGUUUUUUCUUUGCGGCAGAAGAUUGAUCAGCAGAUGUCGAAGCGACUUCUGGGCACAUUGCCGCAGUCAAAGUUCUUCAGGAACGCUGAAGGUGGCCGCGUGCGGCCGCCUCGGCUACGACAAGCUGCCGCGCAAGCGGCACUUGGAGCCGCACUUGGAGCUGCGGACAAUCCAAGAGAAGUGCGAGAAGUGGACGUGGAUCGACUGCAAGAUGCUUGCUUGGAUGGAUGUCAUCGCUGCGGCUGUUGGGGAAGGAAAAAGUACUUUCACAUCCCGAAGGUUGUUUUUCUGGCCUUUUACAUCUACUUCCUGGAGCAUUUCGUUUCGGCCAAAGAGCCUAACCCAACCAUCCGGGCAGACCCCACGGACCCCAUGAAAAGAGACUUUGCGGCAGCUGAGAUUGCAAAGUUGGAGGAGGAACAGGCGGAGGUGGUGGGAGGCAUGGCGCAGAAGUUUACCACCGAGGCUCACAAGCAUCCCAUAGACUCGGCGCAACGAGAGGACCUUGAGAAGGAGGCCCUGUGGCUGCAGCAGUGGGAGCGCCAAGCCAAGGCGGAAGCGCAUGACCUUCACGAGCGAAAUCUGAAGGACUUUGUGAAGGCCUUCGCCGACGCAGCGGCCGAGGGUCGCGACCAGGAAGCCUUUGAAAAGAUGAUCCUAAAGCCGCCGGACGACGGAAAGGAUCCCAAGGAGAUCUUGGAGGAGGAGAGUUGGAGCCCCGGUGAUCGGGAAGUCGCUCAGCUGAUGAAGACCGACGCUGGCGCUGGGGACGACGAAUUGAAAGCCACGCGGGACCAGUCGGAGGUCCGGGCGAAACUGCGGGUUCGGUGA